GAUGGGGCGGAGCGGGACGGGGCGGGUUCGAGCUGCCGGCGUGGAUCGGGCGGUACUGGCGGUGCCGGAGCGCUGGGCCCGGUGGUAGCGCGGCGUGGAGGCCGCGCUGAGCCGAGCGGCAGCUCCAUCUCCAUCUCCGUCCGUCCGGCCUGUUGUCAGGGCGCUGUGGUGGCUCCUGCCUUUAACUGCGUUGUCCUGGUCGGGAGCCGGCGGGGCCUUCCACGAGGCGUUUGGAAACCGGAGUGUUGGAAUGGAGCUAGGUGGCGAAACAGAACAGAACCUGAGGACGCCUGUCAUUCCACAAGGGACGGCGUCGCUUCGUAAAGCAAAGAAAACCACUGUAAAAACGUGUCUAGAUAACCCCUUUGUUUUCGAAUGGAAAGCCAUAGAUGGAGAUGGUAUGCAUUUCAUAUUGCAGACCUUAGAAGAAAAGAUUAAACGUAUCGGACUUAAAAAGAUAGAGACUCCAAGAAAGAAAAAACGUUCUACAAAAAACCAAGUGGAAAGCAAGUGUGAUGGUAGCAACAGCGAACUCCCUGCUGAAAAAGAAACUGAAGGCCAUCGACAAGCACUGGGAUGGACUGACGUGGGCAUCAGGAGGCAGCUUGCUAUUGGAAUUAAUGAAGUUACAAAAGCGUUGGAGAAAAACGAGCUGCUUCUCUUGUUGGUGUGCAAAUCUGCCAAACCUGCCAUGAUCACAUCCCAUCUCAUCCAGCUGAGCGCGAGUCGAGCCACGCCAGCAGGCCAGGUUCCCCGCCUCAGUGAAACGGUAGCACCGCUUCUUGGCUUAACAUCCAUUUUAGCGCUCGGCUUCAAAAGGCAGUCUGAUAAGUUCACUGACGUAGUAGAAGCGAUAAUUCCAAAGAUACCUGCUUUGGAAGUGCCGUGGUUUCAGUUCCAAACAGAAGGAUCUGCUGCAUGUGCGGAGUUGUCAGAAAUUGAUGAAGCUGAGCAGCUUGCAGAGACGCCGGAGGAGGAGCUCUCAAGCCAGAAGCGGAAGCGUUCAGAAAGCAAUCAGCUCCAUCUCUCACAUGUAAUUUUGCAGCCUUUGAAAAUCAAGAAAGUUGUUCCAAAUCCAAAUAAGAUAAAGAAGCCACCUCGCAGAAAGAAAAAAGCUUUUUCAGCAUGACUGAUUUUAGUUCAGUUCUUCAGAGCACUGUGAUUGUUUUUUACUGCCUAUGGAGUACAGCUGUAACUGAACUACUUUGUUCUGCUUUAGCAGUGUAAAGCAGUUAACUCAGGUUAACUCAUGUAUGAUGCAUCCAGGUGAGGUUCUGUCUGCUUUAAUAAAGAAUGUGGCUCCAA